GAACUGAGGUGCUCGGGGCCGCGGUGCUGGGCCGGGUUCCUGUGCCCGACGGACCGCCUAACCCGGAAGAGCUGGCAAGGUGGAAGGGCCCGGCCGCAGCAUGGCGUGGCUGCGGCGGAAUAUUACGCUGCGCUAUGGCAUCCCCAUGGUGCUUCUUGUUACUGGAGGAUCAUUUGGUCUCCGUGAGUUUGCUCAGAUUCGAUAUGAUUAUCAAAAACUCCAUAGGAAGAUGGAUCCAGCUUUGGAAGCAAAAUUUGAAAAGAAUACCACACUGGAAUCUGAAUAUGAGAAAAUACAAAACUCUACCUUUGAUGACUGGAAGAACAUCAGAGGACCUCGUCCAUGGGAAGACUCCAUAUCUGUCCAGGCACAACAGAAGGAGGCUCUUAGUUCCAAGUCAUCCUGACUGAGCCUGCUCACUCUGAUGUCCAUGGGAUCAAGGUCUCUUAAUGGCAGUGACUGGACUUUUCAGUCUUCCAGUUCAGUGUCAAGGACAAGCAUGGGUAGGUGGAAGAUAAGGGAUAUCAUCAAUGAACAAUCCAAGUCAAUGGAUAAGUGAUUCAUGUACAAUAAAUCUGAGACCUAUGGUGAAAUAAAGAACUUAGUGUGAGUUUUCAAAGACUGUGUAUAUUACAUCUCAAUAAAGAUUAGUUCAUUCUCCACUG